AUGAACAUGCGACGGCUCUGUAUGCGCGGAGUGGAGCCCAGCGGCGGCGAGCGCGUGCGGGCGUGGGGUGCCGCAGGCGAGAUGGGGCUGUAUGAUGGGGCGCGGGGUGACCCCGCUGACGAGAUGGGACUGUCAAAGUUCACGCGUCGCGUAAUUUUGGUGAUGCUGAUGAACCUGCAACGGCUCUGUCUGCGCGGAGUGGAGCCCAGCGGCGGCGAGCGCGGGCGCGUAUCGGGUGUCGCAGGUGAAAUGGGGCUGUAUGCUGGGGCGCAGGGUGACGCUGCCGGCGAGAUAGGGCUGUAUGCUGGGGCGCAGGGUGACACCGUCGGCGAGAUGGGGCUGUAUGCUGGAGCGCAGGGUGACGUCGCUGGCGAGAUAGGGCUGUAUCCUGGGGUGCAGGGUGACGCCGCCGACGAGAUGGGACUGUAUGCUGGGGCGCAGGGUGACCCCGCCGGCGAGAUGGGGCUGUAUGCUGGGGCGCAGGGUGACCCCGCGGGCGAGAUGGGACUGUAUGCUGGGUCGCAGGGCGACCCCGCCGGCGAGAUGGGACUGUAUGCUGGGGCGCAGGGUGACCCCGCCGGCGAGAUGGGGCUGUAUGCUGGGGCGCAGGGUGACCCCGCCGGCGAGAUGGGACUGUAUGCUGGGGCGCAGGGUGGGGUGCAGGGUGACCUCGCCGGCGAGAUGGGACUAUAUGCUGGGGCGCAGGGUGACGCCGCGGGCGAGAUGGGGCUGUAUCCUGGGGUGCUGUGUGAUGUCGGCGAGUUGGGGCUGUAUGCUGGAGCGCAGGGUGACGCCGCCGGCAAAACGGGGCUAUAUGCUUGGCCGUCGGGUGACCUCUGCGAGAUGGGGCUGUAUGCAGGAGCGCAGGGUGACGCCGCACGCGAAGUAGGGCUAUAUGCAGGGGCGUCAGGUGAUGUUGGUAAGUUAGGGCUGUAUGCAGGAGCACAAGGUGACGCCGCCGGCAAAAUGAGGCUGUAUGCUGGAGCGUCGGGUGACGUCGGCGAGAUGGGGUUGUAUGCAAGAGCGCAGGCUGACGUCGCCGGCGAGAUGGGGCUGUAUGCAGGGGUGCUGGGUGACGCCAGCGAGAUGGGACUGUAUGUUGGGGUGCGUGGUGACGCCGGCGAGAUGGGGCUGCAUGCUGGGGCACUGGAUGACGUCGGCGAGAUGGGGCUGUAUGUUGAGGCGCGGGGUGAUGCCGAUGUGGUCGUGUUUGGUGAUCCGCAGAACUUGUGUGAGCCCGUGCUGCCUGUCCCAGCACACAGCCCCAUCUUGCCGGCGUCACCCAGUGCCCCAGUAUACAGCCCCAUCUCACCGGCGUCACCCUGCGCCCUAGCGUACAGUCCCAUCUCACCGGCGUCACCCUGCGCCCCAGCGUACAGUCCCUUCUCGCCGGUGUCAUCCCGCUCCCCAGCAUACAGCCCCAUACUGUACUGGGCUCUACUCUGUGCAGGCAGAGCCGUCGCACGAUCAUCACCAUCACCAAAAUUAGACGCGUGA